AAUCUCAUGGCCCUUUGGAAAUUUCAUUUUAUUUUGUUCAAGUUCCUUUCUGGGAGUAUGAUUAUUUACUCUUCAGUUGAACAACAGACUUGGAAGGUAAUGGACGCCAUGAAUGACAUCGUCACCCAAAAAUCGGUUUCUUACCAUCUUUCAAAUGUUGCAUGCACUGAAUGCGCUUUAAGAACAAAGCUGAUGAACGAAAAAUCCUUUUCUUGUCAUCAAGAAAACCAGACGUGUUUGAUUUACAGUACUUGUCACGUGAAGAGUCGUCUGUUGACAUCUGAGUGGGAACCAAGUGAAGGAUGGAGACACUUCUGUACAGCUGUUCAUACGAUUACUUUCGGCGGUGAUCCUUGGAUUAACAUAGACACUCUUAUAACGAGCUGGAGAAGAACAUCGAUUCGAUUCCAGAUAAAGGCGACUAGAGACGCUCACGUUGGACUGGUGUCUGGGAACACCACGGCUAGCUCCGGAUAUCAGGUUAUACUGGGAGGUUGGUACAAUACAGAAUCAUGUAUUCGAGACGGAUUUGUUUACGGAAGUACCUGCUCCUCGACGUCACUAGGAUCCCAUCUUAGCGGGGCACAAUUUUCAAGUUUUUGGAUCAAUUGGCAUACAGGUCGCAUUGAAGUUGGACUCGGUGAUACACUUGGUCAUCAAACAAUAAUGGACUAUACUUUUCCAAACGUAUAUCAAAUCAAUAACCUGUUACUGAGAAAUAGGUACAGCUCGCAAUGUGAAUGGAUCAUUUAUUUGUAACAAAACCACCUUUUUGUCGUUGAAAGUUACUCUCAAUUUUUUUUCAGUAUGUUUACCUUAAGAAUAUGCCCAUAUAUAUCUAAAAUUAGCAAGUUAUACAUACAUGUAUAACUAUAAAUCAGUAUCAGAGGAAUGUAUUUCUCAAAUUUGAAAAAAAAAAUCCAUAGUAACUUU